AUGGAACCAACACCGACACCGCCGUUCACCCAAUCGUCUUCAAGUGAAUCCGAAAAUGAAGACAUAUGUGAUAUGCUCAGCGCAGGGGGAGGUGUUAGGGAGGAUUGUUUUCGUGAGCAGCGGAAGCAUUUAAUUACCGUAAAGAUGGAGUCAUUAAUGGAGAAGAAGAUUGAUCUACUAAUGGGGCAACCAGGUGUUGUUGGUGUAUGUGUUUGCGGUGCCAAUGGUCUUCCACUCUCAGCCAAAGGAUCGCUAAAACCGGAUGUGGCACCAUUGGCAUCUCAACUACUCGCAUUCUGCUCUCAGCUGGAACCGACAAGUUCUGUUUCCCCUGAAGUAAGCCUUGUGAGCGAUCAUGGCAAGGUGUGUUCAUCUAUUCAAUUCCUAUAUGCGAAAAUGAGCCAGGUGAACGUGAAUCUUGAGUUUUCGGGUGGUUGCGAGUUCCUUGUUGGAAAUCAGAAGCAGCAUAAGAUUUCAAUACCGUCCACUGAAGACUUUGUGACUGUAGGAGAUGUUGUUAGAUAUGUCAAUGACGUUAUGUUGAAGGAACAAGCGGAGUUGCACAAUGGUGACCUGGUUACGUUUAUAUCGACGCUGCACGGCGGAUGA